UUGAACAGCGAUUCCACGUGUCGUCAACUCGGCGGUGGAAGUGAAGCAGGUUUACUAUUACUAGGCUGCUUUUAUACUGUCUAACCAUUAAAAACUUCUUACUAGGUACAAAGAUGCAGAAAUUACUGGUGAUUGCUGCUGUUUUGGCAACGUGCCUUGUACAUGCUGAUGAGGGACAGGGCCCUGCUUGGCUCUUAGCAUCUAAGCAGCUUCACAAUCAGUUUGUUGUCGAAGACAAGGAAUUGAUAGUGGAGUACAGCAUUUACAACGUAGGAGAGAGUGUUGCCGUGAACAUUCUACUUGAUGACCAAACGUUUCCUUCCCAGGACUUUGAUGUCGUCCGCGGUUUGCUAAAGGCCAAGUGGGACCGUAUUGCACCUGGAACUAAUGUGUCUCACACGGUUAUCCUUCGUCCGAAGAUCUUUGGCUUCUUCAACAUGACAUCUGCAUUUGUAACAUACUACCCGACAGAAGAUGCAUCUGAGCCAGUCUUUGCUUACACAAGUGCCCCUGGAGAGGGAGGAAUCAUGAAAUACAGAGAAUAUGACAGAAAGUUCUCACCACACCUUCUCGACUGGGGUGCGUUCGGUAUGAUGACAGUACCCUCACUAUGCAUUCCAUUCAUGCUCUGGUACAGGAGCAAGUCUAAGUACGAGGCAAUUAUGAGGCAGGGAAAGAAAUCAAACUGAUUUCCUGGUGCUCUUAAAAUAGCAAUGGGUGUUCUUAAAAUAGCAAUCGGUGUUCUUAAAAUAGCAAAAUUUUCAACCAUCACGUGCAGCAGUUACUUAAGCAAAUUGUUCCCCCAUGUAAUUGCCACAUUUAUUCAACUUCACUCGCUUUCCCAGUAAUGACAUGCACAGCUUUAAUAAGAAUCAUAAACAAAUAUGUAUAAUACUUAUUAUGAAUUUAUGCUCGUUUAAAUUUAACUACUGUGAAUUAGUUUCAAAUAGCCUGCUCAAUAGAAAAUGUCAUGAAGGUUAAUCGAUCCGAAAAUAUUCAACGAGCAGAUUUACUGGUACUAUUAGGUUGUGUAGCGAUUUUUUCUCUAUGCAGAUUUUACUAAUUUCCAUUUGCUGUCACCUAAUUGACUUGAGCAUCAUUUUUCAUCUUUUAUACCAUAUGAGUAUGAACAAUUGAAUGGUAGCAGGAAACCUUUUUUAAUUGGUGUUAGGGUUGGCACUGUUGAGUGUACCUGGGGACAUGAAAUUGUGUUGAGGGUGGGUGAGACCAUCAAAUAAAUGUAGACUUCAUUAAAAUUAAUUUUCACCACAACUGUAAUAAAAUACCAUCUUGUUGUUGUUGUAAUAAAAACAAAAAUAAUAAACACAGGGUUUUUAUAAGAA